AUGUUGAAUCGUAUUCGACGUGCUUCAUCAUUUAUGUUAGAAACAAAUAAUAUCAGCAGUAAAAAUGGCAAUAAUUCAUUAUCGUCUAUUGAUCACAUAAGUAAAAGUAGUAGUGGUACAGACAGUGGAGAUGACAUUUAUAUCGAGACGAUAUUAUACAUUGUGCAUGUGGAUGACAUUGAAGACGAGAAUAAUAAUAAUAACAGUAAUAAUGACGACAGUACUACACAAUUUUCAAAACGAACGACAGCCAGUUUUAAUGAAAGACACCUUGUGUCUCGUCGAAAUUCCGAAGCAGCACGUUAUUCAUUUACAAAUCCAUUAAGAAAAUUAAAUAAAAAAUCAACUCUAUUUUCGACUAGUACAGCUAAGAACUUGAAUCGUGUAUCAUCUCAUCGGUUUUUUAAUCGAUUGAUACAACAGCCUGAUUUAUCCAUCGUUAAAUAUGACGAUAAAGAACAAUCCACACUAAAUGAAAGCUGUGAACAAGCGGAAAUAUAUGCAGAAGGCACUGGUUUACAACAUGGAGAUGUUGAUGAAACUUGUAAGUUCGAUAUUCAUGCACCCGGUGCAAUGUUAAAUCAGUUAAUUAUUGCUAUUGAUGGCCCAUCGAAAGCAGAUAUCAAUAUUGAAGUUAUCGGAUAUGGAAUUUAUCGUGUUCACUAUAAAUGUCAAGUAGUAGGCCGUUAUACCAUUAGUAUCACAUAUAAUGGUAAAAAUAUUCGGAAUUCACCGUACAACAUAAGAUUAUCGAAACAAGAUCCAAUUUCACUUCCAUCUCCUUUACAAGUGAUUCCAAGUGUCGAUAUUUUUCCAGUUAAUUGUACAUUUGAAGUUGAUUCAACUUCGUUAGUCAUUGUUCGACCAGCUGUCUCAUGUGCCAUAUUUCAAGCUCAAAUACGUACGCCGAAUGAACAUAAUUUACCGAUUACGGUACAAAAAUCAAGUAAAUCAGAAUGUUACGAAAUUCAGUUUCUACCAAAUGAAGUAGGAAUUCAUUGGUUACAUUUGACGAUAAAUGGUAUUGAAAUUGAAAAUAAUCCCAUACUAUUGACUGUCACUACAUCCGAAACUGAACACCAAGAAGAACAAAAUCGUUACUCAUUAGCUAGUGGACAAGGUUUAUUUCAUGCCUAUACCGGGGAAGAGAGCGAAUUUUUUGUUUCAAAAUGCCAUCACAAUGGAGAAUGUAAUGGUUCAUUUUCUGUUGGUAUAAGUGGUCCAGCAACAGUGCAUUUAGACGCCAAUGAAAUAUUAAACGGCUAUGAAUUUCAUUAUAAACCAACUGUCAGUGGUAAAUAUAUAAUUACAAUAAAAAAUUGUGGCAUACAUAUCAAAGGGAGUCCAUUUGUUUGUCGAGUUUAUGAUAAACUAGAUGAAACAGGAACAGAAACUCUGACAACAACAACCACACCCAAAGAUCGCCUAUUAUCGUUGACAAGUACAGAAGAUAAUAACAAUACAACACUCAAAUCAUCGUCAUCAAUAAUUAAACAGCAACCAUCGUCAGAUAUUUUACAAGAAACAGAAUUAAAUGCUCUAACAUCAUCAAUGUUAUAUGAUUCAACACAAGUGUCCGUAUUUGGACAAGGAUUAUACGAAGCAAAGUUAAAAAAGAAAGCGAAAUUUCAUGUCGAUGCAAGCAGAGCAGGUCGAGCUAUGCUUUUAAUUGGCUUGUAUUCUCCGUGGUGUUCGUGCGAACGAAUGAUUGUAAAACAUAUUGGAAAUAAUAUUUAUAAAGUGAAUUAUCGUCCAAAAUUAAGAGGACAGUAUAUGCUAUCAAUUCUUUGGGGACACAAUAAUCAUGUGCCUGAAAAAACUCGAAAAGAAUUUUUAAAUAGUUCUGAUCAGUUUACGCGUCAUGUAAUUGAUCGCUUAAACGAUGAUGUUGCCGAAUGCUAUGUAAAUGAAAAAAAGAUCGAUACUGCCACUAAACAACUUACAAAUCAAUCGACAGUACUUGUUAAACAAUCACAAGCGUGGAUUCAGUUGAUAGAUCAAUUUACUACAGCUGUUAAAGAACUCGGUGAUGUUGAAAAUUGGUCAAAAAUAAUUGAAAAAGAAUGUCUGACAAUUACAUCAGCAUUAACAAAUGUUCAUAAAGAUUUGACAAUACAAUAG